AUGGUAAUAAUGAUGAGUCACAAUCUAAUGUUUUAACAAUUCUCUUACGUCAAAAAUUUUGACCUACGUAAUAUCGCUUUUGUAGUAAAAAUACUUUAUAGAAAUGUAGAUAACAAGCACAGAUAACAUUGGCCACACAGAUUACAGAAAAAAUAACCACAACACAAACCACACACAAAUGACAAAUAAAUAAAAACAAAACAAUCUGCUGAGAUAGCAAAAUAUAAGAAUCCUAAAAUUAAACUUGCUCUAAUAUUUUUUGAAUAGCAUGGGGUAUUUAUAUAUUGUGAUAGUAUAGUGAUUUAUUGAGAGAAGACAAUCAAGCUUAGAAAAGUCCAUGCAUCCCAAUUAUGUAAUGUUAAAUUUGGAAAACCAUUAAGAUGCAAGUAGGAAUCUGGAAAAAAAUAGCAGAUCUUGGAUCAGGUGCCUUCGGUGUGGUUUCCUUAUGGCAAAAUACAGAAAAUGACGAGUACACUGCAAUAAAAAUGUGCAAAUUCAAAGCAGAUUCCAGUUUAACACCAAGGCAAAAAGAGCGUUGGAAAAAUGAAGUAGAUAAAAUCAAAAUUAUCAAUCAUCCAAAUAUAAUAAAAUACAAACCUAUUCCAGAAGAUUUGGAGGAACAUUUAAUGGCAAAUAGCACUACCAGCAUGCCAUUACUUCCCAUGGAGUACUGCCGAAAGGGAAAUCUGCGUCACAUCCUACAGAGACCUUGUAAUAGCUCAGGAUUACAGGAGGAGGACGUGAGGUGUAUUCUUGGUGACAUUUCUAGUGGUCUUGCACAUUUGCAUAAGCUUAAAGUUACCCAUAGAGACAUUAAGCCGGAUAAUAUCGUUUUAGAACAUUGCGAAGAAAGAAAAACGAAGACUAUUUAUAAGAUUAUUGAUCUUGGUUAUGCGAAGGAAUUGGGCGACUCGACAGUAAGUUUUGUUGGUACUCUACAUUAUUUAGCUCCAGAAAUUUUCGAAGCUAAGAGUUAUAAUAGUAGUGUUGAUUAUUGGUCUAUGGGUAUACUAACGUUUGAAAUUAUUUGUGGAUUUUUACCUUUUUUAGCGAAUCUUACACCUUUUGAGAGGUUUGAAAAAAUUCGCAAGAAAGAAUAUGAUGACAUUUGUAUACACGUGAACUAUUCAGGUCAAAUUAUUUAUUCACAGGAAAUUAAAAAAGAAACUUAUAUUUCACCGUGGUUGAAAGAACAUUUAGAAACCUGGCUAAGGCAUGUUCUUACUUACGACCAAAAUGUUAGAGCUGAGAAUUUUCCAGAAAAUGUCGAACCAUUGCAAUACUUAACCAAUAUUUUACAGAAAAAAAUAGUUCAUGUUUUUUCGUUGUGUAAAUUAGAAUAUUAUUCGUAUGAAAUAAUCGAAGGUUCUCUUGUAGGUACCCUAAAAGACUGGAUUUCUAGAGAUAUUAAAGUUCCUAAAGACGAACUUUUGUUAUUUAUAUCUAAAGAUAAUUUUAACAUCCAAGAUAACGAUGAAUUGCUGAAUAUUAUCGGUAAUGAGUACGUAUAUGUAACUAGAAAACAUUUUUUACCGGAAAGUCUUAACUAUAAGUUUCCGAAGCUUAUAAGAGAAGUAAUGGGCUCACCUCAAAAAUUUAACAAAAACUUCUUACGAGGAUUAAUAUCACAAUUUGUAUUCUUCGUUACGCAAGAAAAGCAAAUAGCAUUUCACUUUAGAACAUGUUUCCAUGUAUAUCUCAAUUUCCUAAAUCAUAUUUUAAACACCAUCAAAAGUUCAAAAUCCUCCGCAUCGGAGACAGUAAAACAAUUGGUUACUAGAAUUGACUGCUACAACAAAAUGAAAGCUGAUGUUGGAAAUAUCGAUUUAAAAAACAAUUCUGUCUACGAGGAAUGUUUAAAUCAUGCUCAGAGGCUUGUCGCAGGCUCAGAAAGAAGUAUUACUAAUUUUAGCGAACUAGAGAGAAAGAUACACUGUGUAAGUAGAAGACUGAAGGUUCUCUCAACUUUAACAUCAAAUAUUAUAGACAUUGUUAGUAAGUACAACCUAGACGAGCAAUUUGACAAAGCAUUAAUUUUAAUCGACAAAGCAAAAAUAAACGAUCCGAAUAAACAUAAAGAACUUCUUUCUGGUAUGAGAGAUAUAAUAUCCAAUACGAUUAGAGUUAAAGAAAUUACUUUUAAAAAUAAACAGUUGGUAGCAUUUUCGACUAUCGUAGGUAAUAUUAUGUGCCAUUGUUUCGAGUUAUUAAACUGGAUUAAAAUUUACAUCACUUAUAAUGAAGAGAUAAUGAAGUCAUUCGAGCAAAACAAAAUUAUUUAUUUAGAUAUUCUUCUAAAGGCUGCUCAGAAGCCUAAGGUAGAAUCAGAAGGUGCUGCGUCUGAUAACGUAUCCUUAACUGAUAGUUUAAAUCAAGAAUUGCUUAGUCUUCCGUUGCCAUCUUUAUUGCACGAAAAUCAAGAGCUUCGAUAUGAAUUUGAGGAGGCAUUAUCUUCUGGCAUUUCUGGUCAUAAAAAUUCUGUGAAGUGUUUAAAGUUAUUAUAAACAAAUGUGAUUGUUUUUUGUGAUUUUUUAUUUAGUCCAUUCUCUCACAGUAAAAUAUUGUAAAAACUCAAAAUUUUAAAGAACCUUUUGGAUUGACAUGAAAUUUGGCAUAUACAUAGAUAAUAAUAUAUCAAAGAAAAAAAAGUAAUAUUGUGCCAAUGUGUUAUUUUACACUGGGAGUGACAUUCACCCCUUCUUGGGGGUGAAAAAACAUGUUAAAAAUAGAUAAACUGACUAAUUCUAAGCAACUUUUGUUCAGUAGGGUUUUUUCACUAUGUCGAUACGUUUUGAGUUAUUUGCGAGUAAAUAUGUUUUUUGCGACCAAUAAGAAAUAAAUAAAUAAAUAAACCAAUAUACAGGGUGUUCAGAAACUCUACCGACAAACGAAGACAGGAGAUUCCUCAGAUAAUUUUAAGACAAUUUAACCAAAUUCACCUAGUCCGAAAAUGCUUCCUAAGGGAGCUAGAGCUCUUUGAAGAUGGCAUCUUGUAAUUAGUUUUUCUUAAAUACCUCCAGAACGCUUCUAGUUACAAAAACUAAAAUUGGUACACAUAUUUAUCUUCCAUGGGGAAAAAUCGAUUCCAUCCAUUGUGAAUUUCUAGUACCAGUCAUAGGCAUCCGGUUUGGGUGGGGUAACAGUUAUUUAUCAUAUAACUUUUUUGUCUUUAACUUUUAAGCAUUUUUGAUACUGGAUUUUUAAAUUGUUAGGUAUUCUAGUACUUAAAGGUACUCUUGCUUUAAGUCGGUAGGACACACCAUUUUCUAGAAAAAUCGAUUUGAAUAUUUUGUGUUUCCUGAAUUUGAAAAAGAAUUUCAAAAAAUUUUCAAAAAAAAACGGUGUAUUUUACCAACUUAAAGCAAGAGUAACUUUUAGUGCUAGAAUACCUCAUAAUUUAAUAAUCCAUUGUAAAAAAUUCGUAAAACUUAAAGAAAAAAAGUUAUGCGAUAAAAUAACUGUUGACCUACCCAAAACGGACGCAUAUCAUCGCUAGUAGAAAUUCGCAAUUAAUGAAAUCGAUUCAUAUCUGGAAUAUAAAUAAACGUACCAGGUUUCGUUUUUCUAAAUAGUUUUUUUUAUCUUUUUUUUUUGAUAUUUAAAAAACGAAAAAUUUUCAAAUCGAUUUUUCUAGAAAACGGUGUAUCCUAUCGACUUAAAGUAAGAGUACCUUUUAGUACUAUAAUACUUUACAUUUUAAAAAUCCAGACUCAAAAAUGUUUAAAAAUUAAAAACAAAAAAGUUAUAGGAUAAUAUAAUUCUUGCCCUAUCCCAAAUGGACGCCUAUGACUGGUACUAGAAAUUUGCAAUGGGUGGAAUCGAUUUAUCUCUGGAAGAUAAAUAUAUGUGUAUAAAUUUUCGUUUUUCUAAAUAGAAGCUUUCUGGAGAUAUAUAAGCAAAACUAACUACCAGACACCGUCUUCAAAUAGCUCUAGCUCCUUUAGAAAGCAUUUUCGGACUAGAUGAAUUGGGUUAAAUUGUCUUAAAAUUAUCUAAAAGGAAUAUCCUGUCUUCGUUUGUCUGUAGAGUUUCUGGACACACUGUAUAAGUAUAUGUACACCAUUUUUUCACUUUUUAUAAGCUAAAUUUUUGCCAGGAAUAUUUGUUUUUUGAUAAAAUACUUAGGUACUUUAUGAGUUAAUUGCGAAAAACCAUCUAAAAGCGGGGUAUUUUGUUGAAAAAUUAACAUAUUCACUCACAAAUAACUCGAAAAGUAUUGACUUAGUCAAAAAACGCUAGAGAAUAAAAGUUGCUUAGAAUUAGUCAGUUUAUCUAAUUUUGGACUUAUUUUGAACAUAUAUUUUUUCACCAUCGAGAAGGGGUGAAAGUCACCCCCAGGGCAGAAACACACAUCGGCACAAUAUCAUUUUUUUUCUGUGACAUGUUAGCUACGUGUAUACCUACCAAAUUUCAUGUCAAUCCAAGCGGCUUUUUAGUAUUAGCUAUGGAAUUUUUAAAAUAUUUUGAAAACCGUGAGUAAAUGGACUAUUAAGUAAAAAACGGAAGCUGUGUUACGGUGCUAUAUCAGUAUAUUUGUACUAAGUAUAAAAUGUUUGUAUAGAAUAUUGUCUUUAUCAAAGGGACUUUAUGUAAUAUCGUUUACAUGUAAAAUCCGCCUUAGAUUAGUUUAAUUCAAAUACACUGCGCUCCAGAGAAAACGGACCAUUCUCAUAAUUAAUAAAAAAUUAUCUUUUAAAAUGAUUUUAUCUACUUCGCUUGUUCUUUUUCACUUGGUCCGGGAGAAAAAGUUGUCUUUGUCUGAGAAAAUGAAAGUAAAUGUGCCUUAAUGUUUGUUAUUUUUAAUAUUAUGUAGAAUGAAUUAAAGUUAAAUUCGUCGUUUAAGAAACUCAACAUGUCUACAAAAGCAAAAUUGUGGAAAAGUACAAAAAACAUCUCAUAUCUACGGGGUUGUCGGAUUUCUCUUGAUUCAGAAAAAAUCCUCUAAUCUCUAGGUUCAUAUAAAAUGUUAAACAGGUUCAGGUUUCUCUUGAACCAUAUGACUCUAUAUCUAAGGUUAGUAAAAACGCGAAAAAUGUGAAAAUCAAAGUUUUUUUACAUGUCAGGUUUCCCAAAUUACUGAUUUAAUUAUUUCUUCCUUCAAAAUUGUAUUUUCUGUUAACUUUUAAAAUAAUUUGUUAAAACUCUGUUCAUUAGAUACUAUUUGAAUAAAGUUUACUUACAUACCAAA